CUUAUGUCGGACGAGGAACCUAUGAAAGACGAUAAUCAAGACUAAGGAGACAAUCCUGAUGAUGACAACCCAGAUAAAGAAAAAGAUGACCAAGAUGAUCAAGAUAAUUAUGAUGACGGAGAUCCAUUUGAGGAUGGAGACGAUCCCAAGGAUGAUGAGGAGUAAAAUAUUUAAAUUUAUAUGCACCUUUAGUUUAAAGAAUAAUGAGAUAUAAAAUAAUUUAAAACUUACUAUUGAUGACUAAGGGUUGGAUGACAAUCAGAAAAUACGAAAAUGGAAGGACCUGUUGACUGACCAUGUUCAAUAGGUCUAAAAAUUAAGAAGAAGAAAUAAUCAUUUAAGAGGCCAACUCAAAAAACUAGGAGACAAAGCAGAGAAACUAGUCCAAUCUAAUGUUAGAAAGUAAAAACUAUUGGAAUAAAAAUUGGAUCCCAAACACUAUAAUCUUGCUGAGAAGAAGAUUUUAUACGAAAUCAAGAAUGGCAAAUCCAAAUAGGACUUUGCCAAUAAGAUUGAUCCCAGAAUUUGUAACUCAUUAUAAUAUUUUAAGUGGAUUUGUUGAUCGCCAUAGACAAAAUGGAACAAUCCAACAAUCAGAUGAGAGAAUCAAUCAAGGCACUGAAGGACAGAAAUAAAAAUCUAGAAUAAACAGAAGAUGUUAAUAAAUUAAGUAAUGAAAUUGUACUAAUCGAAAAAUAAAUUGCAGAUGAAGAUAGAUUGAGGAGGAAGAUGUAAGUAAUAAUGAAAGAAUAAGAAGCAGAACUUAAAUAACAAUAAUUUGAUUGUGAUUAUGAGGGUAGAUUAAAUAGUCUCAAAGAAUAAAUUAAAACAUUAAGAGACAGUAUCAAGGAAGGCUAGAAAGAAGAGUUGCAUGAAACAAGAAAGGAAUUCGAACUAAAUAACUACUUUGCUGAACUUUAAAAAAUGUAACCCCCUAUUUAUAUUCUCAUAGUUAUCGUCAAAUGUGCAACUAAUUAAAUAAGCCUUGCGAAGAGAAACAGCAUUUUAAGUAAGACAAAUAGAGGGAUCAAGAUAAUAUCAAUGAAAAAUUGAAAAAAGCAUAAGAAUUUGCACAGAAAAGUCAAGAAGAGAAUUUAAAGAGAUUCCUAUAAAUUAAGGAGAACAAAAAGGAACCAGAAGAAAAAGAUGAAUUGAAGAAGGCUUUGGAAGAAUUUAAAAAAGAUGAAAACAAAUUUAAACAAAUUUAAGAGGAGGUCAAAAAAUUGCAAGAAGAUCUUGAAAAAAAGGAGAAAGAAGCUUAUAAAGAAAAGAACAGAUAAGUAGAAGAGUAUGCUAAAUUAAGUGAGGAUGUCGGAUAGUUAGCCAAAUAAUUAAAAGAAAAAGAAAUCUAAGCCAAAUCAUAAGUUCUCAAAUUAAAUGAUCUCCAAAGAUAAGCAUAAUUAUUGGAGAAAAAAUAAAUCGCAGAACCAACAUAAAGUACACAACAAAAAUCAGAAAGCCUCAUGUGUGGAAUUACUGAAUAAACAUAGACUUGUUUACCUUUUGAUGAUUCCAAGAACCUGGAUUGGACAUCAUUUAUGCCUAUCAAUAAAAUAGUUGUGUGCAAGAACAGUAACAAUAAUCUAAUUGUUGGUUUGGAACUGACUUAUGGAGUUGCAGAUAACGAAGAGGAGUAAAAGACCACGAAGAAUAUUGGAUUAUAAGAGGGCAGUAUCGAAAAGGUUGAGAUCAAAAUCACUCCUGAAGAAAAAUUAAGCUACAUUUCUGGGUUUUAUAAUAAAGAGCAAAUUAUCUUCUUGAAGUUUGAAACAACUAAGAAAAGAGUCAUUCAGGUUGGAAACAUGAAAUAUAAAGAUAAUUUCACCAAGGACUUCAGAAUUGAAAUUAAAGAUAAGGAAAUUCAAGGAUUUAGUGGAAUAUUGGACUUCACAAAUGGUAAUAUAUUGCGUAUUAAUUGAUUAGAAUCAUCGAAUCCAUCAGAAAGAUACUUAGUUGCAUUAGGAGUAAAUCUCAAAUAGAAGGAAGAUAUUUCAGCAAAAAAGAAAUAGAAGAAAUAAUAAAUGCAAGAAGAAAAAGAAAAAUAAAGAGUUCCAAUUGAUUAUAGAAAAAUAACCUAUCCUUUUAGAAAGAAUCAACCUAAACAUCUUGAACUAGUCAAAUCUUAGCCAAAGUUAGAGGUUUCUGUUUAUGAAGAAGAGAAAUGUAUUUCGAUUGUAAAUUCAUUAUAGCUAAAUUAUUCUAAAAGGAGAAGGAAAGAUUCUUAUUGGCACAAAGAGCAUAAUUGGGUUUGUUAUCAGCCAAACAAUUCAGUCCUGCUACUUAUAAAUAAUAGGAGUAUUUAACCGAAGACAAGUUGGUAAUAUUAAUAUCAUUAUUAAUAAUAGAGAAAAGAGAAGAACAUGGAGAGAAAACAAUGGGUUGAGCAAAAGAGAGAGGAAAAUAAAAAUUCAUUAACCCUGCCUGUGAUUGAUUUGAAAUCACCUGUAGAACAGGAUAAAAAAGGAGCCAAAGCACAAAAAACAGCUAGUCCGUAGAAACAAUAGAAAUAACCUUAGAAGGAGGCUCCAAAAAAAGAUGAUUCUAAAGCUAAAAAAAAAUGAAUAAUUUACAAAUUUCAACA